GAUCGACACAGUGUCCUUGACUCUUAUAAAACGCAUCCGCAUCCAAAUCUUGAUCCCAUCACAAAACGCCGAGCUUCUCGCUUUCACACUCCAAACACAGAUUUUGAUUGGAUUAAUCGGAGGCCUCAGAAGAUGUCUGGUCGUGGAAAGGGGGGAAAGGGAUUGGGAAAGGGAGGAGCGAAACGACACCGUAAGGUGCUGCGCGAUAACAUUCAGGGAAUCACGAAGCCAGCGAUUCGGCGUUUGGCUCGUAGGGGUGGCGUCAAGCGUAUCAGCGGUUUGAUCUACGAGGAGACUCGUGGGGUUCUCAAGAUCUUCUUGGAGAACGUCAUUCGUGACGCCGUUACCUACACCGAGCACGCCAGAAGAAAGACCGUCACCGCCAUGGACGUCGUUUACGCGCUCAAGAGGCAGGGAAGGACCCUCUACGGGUUUGGGGGUUAGGGUUUUCUUUAAGCGUGUUUGCUUGAUUUUUCUCGCUGGGGAAAAGUCUUGCUUCCAUGGAGCGAAAUUGGUGUUAGUUUUGGGUUUUUGGUGGUGUUUGUAGUUGAAAGGGAAAGAUUAGGAGCGAUUUUAUGUUUUGUUUCAUAGGUAGUUUGGUUGUUCCUGGGAACUGUGUGAUGUAACUACUUUGUUGAAAUGUAGAAUUAUUUCUGAUUUCCUAUU